AUGUCCCUUCCCGCCGUGCGACGGUUGACCCACUCAUCUCCCCGCACUUGGGCCCGCCUCCCCGUCUCCAGACUUUCCACCUUCACCUCUCCAUCUCCCGCCUCCAAGUUCGCUGCCUCUCGUCUCCUCCGAACCUCUCAGUUUUCCACCAUGUCUGCCCGUCAAUCUGGUGCCCCGGCUGCCCCGGCCGACAGGGCUUAUGACCCUGAGAUCCAGGAUAUGGCCAGCUACAUUCACCAGUACAAAGUGGAUUCCGACCUGGCUUUUGACACUGCUCGUCUCGUCUUCCUGGACACCCUGGGCUGUGGUCUCGAGGCUCUCAAAUUCAAGGAGUGCGCCAAGCUCCUCGGUCCCGUUGUUGAGGGCACCGUCGUUCCCAACGGACCCCGCGUCCCCGGUACCCCCUACCAGCUGGACCCCGUCAAUGGCGCCUUCAACAUCGGUGCCAUGAUCCGCUGGCUGGACUACAACGACUGCUGGCUCGCCGCUGAGUGGGGUCACCCCUCCGACAACUUGGGUGGUAUCCUCGCCGUCGCUGACUGGAUCUCCCGCACCAACCGUGCCGGUGGUAACCUGGGCAAUGGCAAGAUCCUCAAGGUCCGCGAUGUCCUCGAGGCCAUGAUCAAGGCCCACGAGAUCCAGGGUGUUCUGGCCCUCGAGAACUCCUACAACAAGGUCGGCCUCGACCACGUCGUGCUGGUCAAGGUCGCCACCGCCGCCGUCGUCUCCAAGAUGCUCGGCCUCACUGAGAAGCAGACCGCCGACGCCAUCACCCAGGCCUGGGUUGAUGGCCAGAGUCUGCGUACCUACCGUCACUCCCCCAACACCAUGUCCCGCAAGUCCUGGGCCGCUGGUGACGCCUGCCAGCGCGCUGUCAACCUCGUCCUGAAGGUGCAGAAGGGUGAGGGUGGUGUUCCCACCGUCCUGUCCGCCCCGACCUGGGGCUUCUACGAUGUCCUGUUCAAGGGCAACAAGUUCAAGUUCCAGCGUGACUAUGGCAGCUACGUGAUGGAGAACGUUCUGUUCAAGGUUUCCUACCCUGCCGAAUUCCACUCCCAAACUGCCAUCGAGGCAGCCGAGAUCAUCAACAAGAAGCUCGCCGACCUGGGCAAGACCGCCGCAGACAUCAAGGAAAUCACCAACCGCACCCACGAGGCCUGCAUCCGCAUCAUCGACAAGCAAUUCAAGGCGAUGGACAACUUCGCCGACCGCGACCACUGCGUCCAAUACAUGGUCGCCACCAUGCUCUCCUUCAACCGCCUCACAGCCACCGAUUACGCCGACGGUUCCGAGGCCGCCACCUCGCCCCUGGUCGAGUCCCUGCGCAAGAAGAUCAAGUGUGUCGAGGACCCCCAGUACACCGUCGACUACCACAACCCGUCUAAGCGUACCAUCCCCAACGCUCUGACCGUCACUCUGAACGACGGCACCGUUCUCGAUGAGGUUGCCGUCGAGGCGCCCCUGGGCCACCGUCUCCGUCGCGAGGAGGCCAAGCCGGAGAUUCUGGCUAAGUAUAAGCGUCACUUGCAGGCGCACUUUGACCAGGCCCGCAUCGAUGAGCUUCUGCAGGUUGGAUGGGAUCGUCCCGCGCUGGAGAACUAUGAUGUUGAUCAGUAUGUUGAUUUGUAUGUUAAGGAUAAGGUUGUGGAGUCCUCUUAG